GGACUUCUCGGGUUAACACAUCAACGGCAACGCUAGAAAAACAUGUCUCUGCUGACAACGCAUUGACGCUUCAGCGCUCUACUAGCUUACCAAGUAGGCAACUAGGCAAGUACCAAUCUCCCUCCCUCCCGUUAUCCCCCAAGUGUUGCCAUAAUCCGGGCAGUAUCUCCGGCGAGAAUGAAAGCUGUCGUAAUCACGAGCCCUGGCGGUCCGGAAGUUCUUCAAGUACAAGAAGUCGAGAACCCUAAAGUUGAAGAUGACGAAUUACUGAUAAAGAUCGAAGCAACUGCGCUGAACAGAGCCGAUACGCUUCAAAGAAAAGGAUUGCAUCCGCCUCCGAAAGGUGCCAGCCCCUAUCCUGGUCUUGAAUGCUCCGGGAUUAUCGAAGCUGUCGGGAAAGGCGUUACCCGAUGGAAAAUUGGCGAUCAGGUCUGUGCUCUUCUUAGUGGAGGGGGCUACGCAGAGAAAGUAUCUGUUCCUGCUGGACAAGUUCUUCCUGUACCCCCAGGUGUUUGCUUGAAGGAUGCUGCUAGCUUUCCUGAGGUGGCAUGCACUGUCUGGUCAACGGUUUUUAUGAUGGGCCGGUUAUCUGCAGGUGAAACAUUCCUGAUUCAUGGGGGAUCCAGUGGAAUUGGCAUGUUUGCAAUUCAGAUAGCUAAGCACCAAGGAGCAAAGGUGUUUGUCACUGCAGGAAGUGAGGAAAAGUUAACCUUCUGCAAGAAUCUGGGAGCUGAUGUGUGGAUCAACUACAAGACUGAAGAUUUUGUUGCACGGGUGAAGGAAGAAACAGGAGGGAAAGGUGUUGAUGUUAUACUGGACAAUAUUGGAGGGGCCUACUUUCAACGUAACAUAGACAGUUUAAAUGUCGAUGGUAGGCUUUUCAUCAUUGGCUUCCAAGGGGGGACAGUUACGGAGGUGAAUCUUUCAGGUUUGCUUGCAAGGCGUCUUACAGUUCAAGCGGCGGGCUUGCGGAACAGAACCCCUGAAAAUAAAGCAGUAAUUGUGAAUGAAGUGGAGAAGAAUGUUUGGCCAGCAAUUGCAGCUGGCAAGGUGAAACCUGUAGUUUACAAGUCCUUUCCCUUGUUUGAGGCAGCAGAGGCUCACCAGCUAAUGGAAAGCAGCAAGCAUAUUGGCAAAAUACUUCUUGUGCCAUGAUUAGGGCAACAUGCUGGGGAUGGUUAUGAUAGUUCUAGGUGGAGGAUGUGGUUUUCAAACUACUUGCGGGUACUUGGAUUAAUUCAAUCGUGUAAUGUGCAAAUGUAGUCUGAAACUUGACAUUUAAUUUCAUCAUUUAGAGGAAAGUUAGCUUUAAAUUGUACACAUGAUCCAGUAACUCUUUGUUGAAUUAUUUCAUUUGCUUGUUUGUGUUAUGCAUGGAAGCAGGGCAUGUAAUGUUUGAAGGAAAGAUUUUCUGCAUAUAUCAUAAUGAAGAAUGAGUAUGCUUGGGCAUUUGAGCAUGUUUGAA